AUGGCUAUACAAAAUGGUAAUACUAUUACACAAUUUUUUUCUCCUAUACAAAAUGAACCUGACAUACAAACGAAUGAUGCUUGUUUAAAUGAAUUGCAAAGUCAUGAUGAUAUUGAUUCACCAUCUACAGAGCCAGAAAUAGAAAGAGCCGUACUUCAAUAUUGUCGAUGCUGUCAAUUAAAUAUCAAAAAAAUGAAAGCCAGCCUUUUUGUUACACAACAAUUAG